AUGGAGGGUCUUAAGUGUGCGUUAACCAAAAAGAAAAUCCUUAAGUCCAACACUACCAAGCUUAAGGAAAGGAUAGGUGCUGGUAUUGAGGUCGCAGACGAUACUCAAAUAGAACUGUUCCAAACUAAAAUUAAGAAACUUAGAGUCGAAUUACAUGAUGUAUUUCACGAGAUCUUUUCGCAAUGUAACGAUAAGGAAAUUGAAAUGUAUGCAGAGGAACAGCAAUCUAUUGAGGAGACUAUUGACGAACUUUGGUUAAAGGUAGAACGGAAGAACUCUAAACAACGAAUUAAUUCCACAAGUGAUGCCGAUAGUUUAAAAUCACAGGUACCGGAUGUAAGACUUCCGAAAUUGUCUCUUCCGACUUUUAGUGGAAAUGUUGAGGACUGGUUAUCGUUCCAGGAUCUGUUUAAGGCUAGUGUGGACAAUAAUUGUAAUCUGUCGAAUUGUCAGAAAUUACAAUAUUUAAAAUCAUCCUGUAGAGGUUAUGCUUUGAAAAUUAUACAGUCACUUCCAAUAUUGGAUUCUAACUAUGAAACUGCAAUGGAACUCUUACGAGAGCGGCUUUCUAAUAAACGUGAGCUGGUAAACGCUUUGAUCAAGAAAUUAAUAACCAUUCCGAGUAUUACUGAUUCAUCUCAAUCUAUAUUACAAGCUGUGGAUAUUACAAAUGAAUGCGUCCGAUCGUUGAGUGUACUUGAUCAGGAUAUUACCGGGUUUUCUGAAGUGCUAAUAGUUUAUUUAAUUACGGAAAAAUUCGAUAAAAAUACUAGGAGUUGGUGGGAACGUACCUUAAAGAAAGAUGAGCUAGGCACGCUGGAGACCUUGCUUACCUUCUUGAAGGAUCAUGCGAGAACCCUUCAAGCUAUUAAGUUGCCACCUAAGGAACAGAGAAGUGUUUCGUAUCCAAAAGUGACAUCAUUGGUAUCUGGUAGUAAUACUUGCUUUCUUUGUAAGAAUUAG